CCACCUAUCACAGUUUCUAUAUCCAUGAAGACACCAUUGCUCUAUCUUGGUGUGUUGAUCGUUACACUAGUUGUUUUCUCGAUCUACCAUCGUCGUUCAAAGAUCAGAUCAUUGCAGAAACUAACUUCCUCGUCACUAUUCAAACCUGCAUACGAGGUGGAUGAGUCUCAAAUAACGGAAUACUCGUUGAUUGCACCUACACCAACGACAGAUUCCACCCCUGCUUUACUAUACAAUGAUUUAAAGAUGUUGGAUGGACACGACAAGCUACUGAAGUGUUCUUUGGUGGAACGUGCUGCCGAAUCGAUGCGUAGAAUAAUCAAAUUGAAGGAAACAGAACCUUCUGUGAUGCUUCUAUACACCAGAGGAUUGAUCGGUGAUGAGAGCUUCAAGCGUUUCAAGCUGCAGGCAAAAUUACAGGACGCAGAGAUGAUGGAGGUUGCCAAGGAGGCCGAAGGAUACAAGCAAGGGUGGAGCAGGAUUAUAUUUGCCAACGCUCAAGAGGUCAUGAUGAAUCAGGCUCUCAGACGCAGGGUCGGCGCCAUCAACACACGCAAGGAG